GACCUAAAGUGCGUAUUGAGUGAACUUAAAUCGACAGAAGAGCUGCAUUAGCUUGACCAUGGCUGAGGGUUUUACCAUUGUUGGAGAGGAUGAGGUGAGGGAGAUCAGGGAUGCACUGGAAAACCAGACCUUGACUUCAGCCGUGGCUAAGAUCCAGGACUACUUUGAGCAGAUUGACAGUGUGGAACUAAAUAUUGCCAUCACCGGAGAGUCUGGCUCUGGCAAGUCCACCUUUGUCAAUGCAUUCCGGGGUCUGGUGGAAGACAACAAGGGCGCAGCUCCAACCGGCGUGGUUGAGACCACCGUGUACCCCCACCCUAAAUAUCCCAAAGUCAAAGUGUGGGACCUUCCCGGGAUUGGGACACCCAAUUUCAAAGCAGACGAGUACCUUCAAAAAGUAAAAUUCGAACGCUAUGAUUUCUUCAUCAUCAUCAUCUCAGAACGUUUCAAAGUCAACAAUGUGCUGCUGGCCACAGAGAUCCAACGCAUGAAGAAGAGGUUCUACUUUGUUCGCUCAAAGAUUGACAACAGCAUACAUGCAGAGAAAAGGAAGAAGGACUUUGACGAGGACAAAACCCUCAGUAUAAUUCGGGAAGACUGCAUGAAAGGCCUCCUGGAAAAUGGAGUGGCAUCUCCCACGGUCUUCCUUAUCUCCAGCUUUGACCUGCAGCUCUACGACUUCCCAAAGCUGCAGGAGACGAUGGAGAAAGAGCUGCCUGAACACAAGCAGCGUGUCCUCCUGCUGUCACUGCCCAACAUCACCCUGGACAUCAACAAGAAGAAGAAAGAGGCCCUGCAGGCCAACAUAUGGAAGGUGUCCCUGCUGUCAGGCGCCGUGGCAGCCAUACCCAUCCCAGGACUGUCUGUGGUGGUGGAUGUUGGCAUCCUGGUCAAAGAGCUCAGCAGUUAUUACCAGGCUUUUGGCCUGGAUGAUGAAUCCCUGAAAAACCUCUCUGACAAAACGAACGUGCCUCUGGAGGAACUGAAAGCGGUCCUCACAUCCCCCCUCAACAAGGAGAUAUCGGGCGAUGUGGUCAUCAAGUUGCUUACCAAAUUUGCCGGAGCAGGGGUGAUGUUGCUGGAGUACUGGGCCAGCACAAUCCCGGUGUUCGGCUCCAUGGCGGCCGCGGGAAUCUCGUACUCCACCACCCACAGGAUGCUGACAAGCUGCUUGAAUGAGCUGGCAGAGGAUGCACAAAAGGUCCUAAUGAGAGCUUUGCAGUCACCGGUGUGAAGAAACUACUUCUCUGCAGUUCAAGUGCCUUUCUGUACUAGUGCCUUUGAUCUUGAUGAAGAUGUUCUCAUCGAAAUUAGGUUGUGUAUUUUUGAGCAAUAUGUAGUACUGUUUGUAUUGAGAAAAAAAAAACAGCCAAGCAAUCUUUGUAAUGAGACACCAUGGACAAAUACUUGGCAGGAUUGUUUAUUUUACAUAAUGAAAAUGAUCUACAUCUCAUGAAAUCUAUCCAUGUUCUGGUCUUUUGGUAUUAUGGGACAUUCAUUGGGGCUGGUAUUUAUUCUGGUAUAUUUCUUUUAAAUAAAACAAAUGAAUCUCCCACGUAACUCAAUCUGUAACCAAUAUAAUCUACCUAUGGGUUUAUAUUCAUCUAUGAAUUCUGUCUAUCUGUACCCAACUUGAGUUUGACCUUUUUUUCUGUAUUCUAACUUUCUGAAAAGAUAAGAGUGAGUAAAAUUUGUGGACAAC